UACAAACACACGCAAACACAUCUUCCGAUACAAAAAACUUUGUUUACUUUUUUUUUAUCUAACUCCUUUGAUUCUUGAAAGUCGACGACAAAAUAAGAAGAAUGAAUACAUUCAAGAUAUCUUAUUUCGUUGUGGUACUCAUAAUGGUCAUGGCCAUUGCAAUACCACUUAGCGAACCGCUAAGGGUUGAGGUGAACCACCGAAACAGAUAUGGUCAGUUGAUAGCUGCUACACGAGGGAAAAAAGGUGGGAACCGUACAAGUGCGAUGACAUGUGAUAAAAGCCCUAAAGUAUGUCGUCUCAAAGGCAGUCCAGGUCGUGAUUGUUGUCGUAAGAGGUGUGUCAACUUAAGGACCAACAAACUGAACUGCGGAAGAUGUGGAAAAAGCUGUCAAUACUCAGAAAUUUGUUGCAAUGGAUACUGUGUAAACCCGAUGUUUGAUAAGAGACAUUGUGGAGGUUGCUUUAAGAAGUGCAACAAAGGGAGGUCGUGUGCAUAUGGGAUGUGCAGCUAUGCUUGAAGAAACAUUGUGGGUAUAAUGGUUACAGAGAAAGGGAAGUUUAAUUUGUUGGUUUAGAUUGGUUUACAUUCAUAUUACAAUCUGAAAGUAAAAUAUUAUAUAUACUUUUACCAAAACGUAAAAUAAUAUAUGCUUAAAUAAGGGUGGUCAACUUGUUACUAAAAUUAG